AUGCCUGGAAUUCUUCCUAUGAAAGUGAUCAAGGUCGGUAGCAGCUCGCAGAGUCGUAUUGCCCAGGCCUGUGAUCGUUGCAGAAGCAAGAAGAUUCGCUGUGACGGUAUCCGACCGUGCUGCACGCAAUGCGCCAAUGUCGGUUUCGAGUGCAAGACCAGCGACAAAUUGAGCCGUCGAGCAUUUCCUCGCGGAUAUACGGAGUCUCUGGAGGAGCGAGUAAGGGCCCUGGAGGCUGAGGUGAGGGACCUGAAGACUUUGUUAGAUGAGAAGGAUGAGAAGAUCGAUGUACUCUCUCGCAUCCAUUCCUUUACUUCUCCUUCGUAUCAGAAAGCGAACACCUCACGGUCACCGGCGGGGUCAGCCAAGUCCAAUCCGCCCAGCUCCGGGGAAGAUAUAAUUCAUGUCCCGCAGCAUUCGCAGCCAGAUGAAGCGGUUGACGGUGAAUGUGCUGGGAUUUCGAGUGUCCGUGGUUUCAUUGAUACUUUCACAAACAGACUUAUGGAACAGGGCCGACUACCCUCGCAUAUCUCAAUCCGUGCUUUGACUGCCUCACCCUCCACCAUCUCUCAUUCCUGUGUUGACCAGACAAUCAAGACUGCACCCCGGUUGGUGUCUGAUCAACUCAUCAAUAUCUUUUUCCAAGAAUGGGCCCCUCUUUACCCUGUCGUGCACCGACCCACGAUCCUGAAAACCUAUGAACAGUAUAUAUCGAAUACGGAAUCUCUACAAGGCAACAAACACGACAUGACGCAAUUGAACUUGAUCUUUGGGAUUGCUGCUCUCGCUUCGACUUCGAGAACCAACCAAGAUCCCGUUUUCUUUGAAGAUAACUGGUCCCCCACUCUUGAGUUGCUUUCAAGCGAGACUUCUAUUUCAACAUUGCAGUGCUUUGUUCUGGCCCAAAUCUAUUGUAUGACCAAGGGCGACUAUACGAGCCUACUACGCUAUCGGAGCCUAUCUGUUGGGAUUUGCCAACGGCUGAGACUCCAUCAGAGCCAGAAGCGCUUCUCGGCGAACCCGCUUGUGGCCGAAACGCGGAAGAAAGUGUUCUGGUGUCAAUACGUGAUUGACCGUUUUGCGGCUGCCCUAACUGGAUUGCCUGUUCUUCUACGCGAGGGCGACAUCCGCACGGAGUACCCUGAGGACAUCGACGACGAAAAUGUCACGGAAACGGGCUUCUUGCCGACUCUUCCGGGAGAAUCUACCCGUGUGUCCAGCGCCAUUGCUCUAUUCGCUGCUUCGAGAAUAUUGAACAAAGCUCUUGAAGACCUAUAUCCCUCAGAUGGCGAUUAUGUGAUCUCUGUGUGUAAGUUGCGUUCGGUUGCGGGUCGACUAGAUGGAUGGGCCCAGGCACUGCCCUCUCAUCUUCGCCUUGAAUUCACACAGGAUAAGCCGAGCACAAAUGUCACCAGUAGCCGUUCUCCGCUUUUGUCCCUUGUCUACUACUUUAUUCGGUCUCUGAUCCAUCGCCCCGCCGUGUGCUUCGGUGACGAGCAUAUUCGCCCACCAUCCGUUCUUGCUGUCGCCGAUUCCAGCAAACAUAUCAUUCAAAUUCUUGAGCUACUCGACGAGCGGCGUCUAAGCCUUUCCAUCAAUGUUAACCGCAAAGAAUUGGUAUUUACUUGUGGCUUGGGGCUUUUAUGGCAAAAUAUUGGCCUCAAGCGGGAUAGCAAGAUUGUCAAGGAAAGCCAGAAACUGCUCAGAACGGUCGUCGAUCAGAUGGAGUCGGAAUCGUUGCCUGCUGCCAUCGAGUUCAGCAACUUAGCUAGUGUCUUGGUGUCGUUGGAUGGCAGCAAAAGCGUGCCUUCCAGUAAAUCACAGGGUAUGUGUCCACCCACGCAGAAGCCAUUGAAGUCGCCCAUGAAGCAGUUGCAAUCCUUGAAGUCCCGCUUGACCGGGAGCGCUGGUGUCAAUCAGAUUGUAAAGCCCAACUCUCCAUCACGUCGGGCCACCAUCUCCGGCACCAGUCCCCAUGUUUCUCAGCGCCAAGAACGAUCUUCUAGCUGGACCAGUCUCCCGCCCGAUAACUUCCUCCCUUCGCAUGGCCCCGCGGACAAGGCUUAUUAUUCCGCACCCGCAGGGAACUAUGAUCCCGGCCAAGUGAUUGCUGGCUCGGCUACCCCAGAUGUGGUCACGGGAGCCAUGACGAUGUCGGACUGGGAAUACGUUUUAAGUGACAUGGACCGAGGCUACUCGAACAUCUUCACGGGAAUCUAUGGCGGAAAGGAAUGUGGUGAAGAUAGCGGGCCGUUCGCGUCUAUCACCGCUGAAUAUGGUCCAAAACUAGACGUGAGGUCGGUGCCGUUGCCCGGACCACAUGGAGAAGGGCAGAGACUGUCACCUGAAGCGUGGUCUGCUACCAGCAGCAACGAUAUGCCCCCCAGUCAGGAUACGGUUGCACGAAGUGUCCUCAGCUACUCGGAUGAGAGCAUGGGCAGCACGGAUGACGGCAUCCCCUACCACGACGUUCGGCUGUCGCCCGAAGGGCAGGCCGCCUUGUUGGAUCCGUUCCGAGGAGUCAUGAUGCCUACAGUCGACGACGAAACGGACGAUUUCGGACUGGCAAGCGGUUGGGACCGGCGAUUGGCUGUGUAA